AGUAUUCAAGUCCAAAGCCUGUGGGUGGAGUUGGGUGUGUGAAGGUGCAUAAAUAGGCAGUAGGAUCGGCAGCAUUCACACUGUAACCAGAAUCACCUUCUCACAGGGGCAAGCAUCUGGGAGAGUAAACAAGGAGCAACCAUGGAGAAGAGUUACAUGUCCAUGUUCCUGCUGCUCAUUGCCAUUUCCUGUGCUCUGGCAAAGGAUGCGGGCAAGAAGGAGACAAAGGAGACUACUGCUAAACCCAAACUGCCUCAGACACUCUCCAGAGGCUGGGGAGACCAGCUCAUCUGGACACAGACUUACGAGGAAGCCCUCUUUCGUGCCAAGCACGGCAACAAGCCCCUGAUGAUUAUCCACCACCUGGAUGACUGCCCGCACAGCCAAGCCCUCAAGAAGGUCUUUGCUGAACACAAAGACAUACAGAAACUGGCUGAAAAAUUCAUUCUCCUGAACCUUGUGUAUGAAACCACAGACAAGAAUCUUUCCCCUGAUGGCCAGUAUGUCCCUCGGAUUUUGUUCAUAGAUCCUUCCCUGACUGUGAGAGCAGAUAUUACUGGGAGAUACUCAAACCGUCUUUACGCAUACGAGCCCUCUGACAUUUCAUUGUUGUAUUCAAAUAUGCAGAAAGCACUGAAGCUCCUGAAAACUGAACUGUAAGGGGAAGAAGGAAGCCCUUCAACACCAUGAAGCCUGAUCUUCCAUCUCUACUCCACUCAUUGACACUGGUGAAGAGACUAUUUAGAGUGAUAUUUAGCAAUGUGUAGUGCUGGUUUAUAUGCAUAAACACUACAGUUUUACAUUAGCACUUUUGUACUGGGUGGCAUUUUUAAAAGCUGGAGGCUUUUAAUUUAAGGUGUACAGAACACUGUAUGAUCCAACUGUACAAAUGAUUUUUUAAAAAAUAAAACUGUUUCAAGUGUUUACAUACAAAA